UUUGUGCUAACGAAAUGAGUAACAUACACUAAAACUUUUCGAGGUAGAAAAAGCAGCGGGAAAAUUGGAACAAAAACGAGAAAAGCAUAACCAUAGCUCAAAACGCAAGAGCUAAUUGUAGAAAUGUCAAAUUCAGCUUCUGAAGAGCACGAUCACGGUGAUGGAGUGGAAGAGUUAAGGGAGUUACGUGAGCCGCCUUAUCAAAACCCUUCCGCACCUCCUCACGAGUCAUUCGAUGUAUCAACAACGAUUGAUCCAAGUUACAUCAUAUCUUUGAUAAGGAGACUUCUGCCGUCGGAUGUGAAUGGUUUGGUUCGUGAAGAGCCAGCAGCUGAAGGCAUAAUAGAGGAUGCAGCUGACUUGCCUGAAAAUGGUGGAGAAGCUGAAGCAAUGGAAUCUUCUGAGAACCAUGAUAAAUUAGAGGGACGAGAACCAUCGAAUGGUUAUAAAGAUGAAGGUCGAACUGUUGGAGAACGAACUUGGGAAGAAUGUGGAUGUAUAUUAUGGGAUCUUGCCGCAAGUGAAGAUCAUGCUCAAUUUAUGGUUCAAAAUCUUAUCCUUGAAGUGCUUUUGGCUAGUCUUGCAGUUUCUCCAUCCUCGCGUAUUACUGAGAUUAGUCUUGGAAUCAUUGGAAACCUUGCUUGCCAUGAAACUGCCAAAAAAUGUAUAGCCUCUGUUAAUGGAAUGGUUGGAGCUAUAGUUGAGCAAUUACUUAUUGAUGAUGUACCUUGCCUCUGUGAAGCCUGCAGGGUGUUAAGCUUGUGCCUGCAAGGAGGUGAAGGUCUUAUUUGGGCAGAAGCAUUGCAGUCAGAGCAUAUCCUCUCUCGUAUCCUCUGGAUUGCUGAAAAUGCCCUGAAUCCUCAGCUUAUUGAAAGGAGUGUAGGUUUAUUGUUGGCUAUUUUGGAGAGUCAACAGGAAGUAGCAACUAUUCUUGUUCCUCCUUUGUUGAAAUUGGGCCUUUCAAGUCUUCUGAUUAAACUCUUGGCUUUCGAAAUGACCAAAUUAAAGGAAGAUAGGACGCCUGAGAGGUAUAGUGUGCUGGAUCUGAUUCUACGGACAAUUGAAGAGCUCUCGACUAUGGAUAACUGUUCAGAAGAAAUAUGUGAAAAUAAAGAGCUGUUACAAUUAGCACGAGAGCUGAUCGAUCUUCCUGAUAAAUUCGAGGUUGCCAGUUCUUGUGUGACUGCUGCAGUGUUGAUAGCAAAUAUCCUUACUGAUGCGACCCACUUCGCUUCUGACUUAUCACAAGAUUUGAACUUCUUGAAGGGUCUGUUUGAUGUGUUCCCCUUUGCUUCUGAGGACACAGAAGCUCAGACUGCAAUUUGGAGCAUUAUUUCGAGAAUAUUGACAGUACUUCAAGAAAGGGAGAUGACUCCGGCAAUAUUGAACUUUCUAGUUUCAAUUCUUGCAAGCAAAUUGGAUCUGAUUGAAGAUGAACUCCUUGCCCACCCAUCCGAUCAUGAAGAACAAAGUACUUCUGAUACUUCUGUCGCUAAAAUUAACGCCAGACUUAUUUCUAUGAAAAGAACCUUCGAUAUUUUGACGUAUUGGAAAUCAUCCGAUGAUAGCAUAAAGAACACCUCUUUUGCUGAAGGCUGCUGCAUCAAUGAAGAAGAUGUUGAUAAACUGUUGGAUAUCUGUCGCAAAGCUUCCAGAUAAUAUUGAGAUAUAGGAGAAGUAUCAAAUAGAUCGAAACGAGAUACGUUCAAGAUUAAAUUAGUUACAGAAAUGGAGAUGAGAUGGAUAAUCGCAAGAUGAUACAUACAGAAAUGGAGAUGAGAUGGAUUAUCGCAAGAAGAUCCUACAAUGUAAUCUUGUUGCUAUAAGGUGAGCUUUUGAGCAAAAAAAUCACUUGAAUAUUCGAAAACCGAAUAUCCAAUCUGAACCACACACAAAUUUUAAAUUUGGUACAGUGUUUUUCGAAUUUUGGUUACAUUCGAUUUAAAUUUUUGGCCAAUUUAAGUUAUCGGUUCAGUUUGGAUUCGAUUUAUAAAUAUUGACUUUAUUUUUAAUAUUGUACUACUACUUAUAAACAAA